AUGAGGUUCACAUUGGAGGAAGAACUGAACCCCACUUUCCUAUUUACAUUUAUUUGCCGGGAGAGAGACUUUAUACAAUUGUGCAACAACUACAGGUUGAAUGUUGUAGAUUCAGAAGACCUUUUUGAGCAGAUCUUGGAUAGUUUACAGGAUGUGAAGCAGUCAGGGCUUAGGGUUCGUCCCCUAUUAUUUGAAACAAUGAAGACGGUGGCCCACCUGAAACUACCAAACCUAGAGAUAAGAUGGAGACCGGCAUGUAAGACCAGAGUGGCACAACACAACAAGAUGCGGCAGGAGGAGAAAGAAGCGGACAGAAAGAGACUGGAGCGCAAAUGCAAAAAUCAGAGAGAGGAACUUGAAACGAUGGAAGCUAUGAGAGUGGAGAUGGAUCGCAUGAGAGCUGAGAUUGCAGAAUUGAGGGAGGAAGUCAGGUCUCUUAAAGAAGGGGCCAAUACUUGUACGGCCCCUUCAACUGAAAUGGCAGAACAGAGCAGGAUCCCAAGGCCAAAGGGACCUGCAUCUGCAAGUGCGCACAGGAGCCUUUUUGCAGCUGUGCGCAGGAGACCUGGCUUCGCUGCGGGCAGUGCUUCUACAACGUCAACUGCGUGCAGGACAUCAACAACAACUGCAUCAACAACUGCACGCAGUACUUCUGCCCGCAGCACGGCAGCAACUGUGGGCAGCUCUACACGGAAGACAACAUCUGCCCGCAGCUCUGCUGCCACUGCCCCCAGCAUGUCAUCAGCUGGUGGGCAGACUUCUGCCCCCAGCACAUCAUCAGCUGGUGGGCAGACGGUCGAGGGUGGGGCAGCUCGAGGUCGUGGAAAAGUCUCAACAAAACGUAAGCGUGUUGAUGACGAUGGGGGGCAGGCAAAGAAAAAACCGGCUUGGAAAUGAGAAUAAAAAUGCCUGCCCCUCCCCCCACCCCUCGACCGGACUCCCUCUUCUGCAUCUCAG